AUGACGGGUGCGAGAACGAAUCUUGAUGGAUUUAGAGUUCCGGAGCUUGGAUUUUCCCUGCUUCUGCUAAUUAUUAUCAGCACUGAGGUUGCCCUCGGACGUAACGGCGACUACCGUGAGAAUGCCGAUGUAGGUCUCUAUUUAAAUUUGUCUAAGCGCGAAAUUCAAGUAUCCAUAAUGCCCAUUGAAUAG